AUGGCGGCUGUGCGUGAUCGAUAUCGUGAUAUUAAUGUUAAAAUGUCCGUUAUUGUGAUGUAUAUGGUUGUUGGUCGGCCCGUGCGGUGCCCUGUGACCGCGGGGCAUGUCCCCGCUGUGCCCAGUAACCCGGUGCACGAUCUAUGUACGUAUCUCAACCAUACUGCGCCGACACUACACCUAGCUAUGGUUAUGCCUAACGAAACUAAGACUAGACUAGAGUUAUCACUCGCGUACCCAAACCCGCCCUCGACUAGGUCCAGCCUAAAUGUUAAGGUGCCAGUAAUCGGAUGUCCAGAAAGGAGAUUUGUUUUGGUCCACCACCUCCGUGGAGAUUCGUCCGUGGUAUUUCAUAGCAAGUCCGUUUCGCUCGCUAUUAUAUGUUGCGAGGUUGCCGCUCCGUGCCGGCUCGAUCGCUCGCUGGAUGUAAAGCCGCCGCUCCACAGUCAGUCGGCCGCGCAGCUCGGUGCGCGACGUUCGUGCGCGGAGGGUUUGUUUGCGUCCCGCUCGGCCCCGCGCCCCCCCCCGGACCCCGCCCCGCAGCAGCUAGAUAGAGAAGAGCUGGUGUUAGAGUGA